CAUCUUAAAUAAGGCCAAGUUGCGUAAGCACACAAAUGUGUUUCGGAAAUCCGACCGGGUGUGUGGAUUUGUUACGUGACGAAAUAAACGACGGCUUAUAAAGCAGAUAAAUAAGGAAAUGUUCCCAAUUUUCACACCCAGAUGCAUGCAGUUAUCUGCUGUUGGAAAGACCUUAAUUACUAGGACCUCUUCUUUUCUUUGGGUUUACAGUUCAGCUAUUGUGAGAACAAUGAGUGACCAUAUGGACAAGACGGCUCAAAGCUUCAGGGAACCGGGUAUAUGCGAAGCCGAAGUAGCGGCCAUCAGUCAGGCAUCUGAGACGGUCAAGGUACUAACGCUCAAGGUCGAUGACCCCACAUUCACUUUCAAGGCUGGCCAAUGGGUUGAUAUUUUCAUGCCGGGGGUUUCUACAGUGGGUGGGUUUUCAAUGAGCUCAGCACCAAGACCCUUACGUGAAAAGGGCCAUGUGGGACUGGCAGUGAAAUACAGUGCACAUCCCCCUGCCCACUGGGUCCAUAAACAGUGUAUCGUGGGGUCAAAGGUCAAGGUCAGAGCAGGAGGUGACAAACUUGUCUUUGACCCUCAGCCCGGUGACCCCUCAUGGAACGUUCUACUCAUCUCAGGGGGGAUCGGUAUCAAUCCCCUCAUGUCGUUGAUGCAUCAUGCAGCAGACCUGCGUGAUCAGAGGAAGGGGAACCCUGAGGGAUACACCCCUGGCAAAAUGGAACUGCUCUUCAGUGCUUCCUCCAAGAGUGAGCUCAUAUUCAAGGACACCAUUGAUGACUUGACAUCGAAGCAUUCUCCAAACAUCGCUGCUAAGUUUUUUGUGACCAAAGAGUCGGCUGAAGAUUCAUCAAUAUCAAAUCGAAGGAUAGAUGCUAGUGACAUCAAGGCAGCUAUAGAGAGGUUAGGAGGUCCUCUGAGAUGCUUCGUCUGUGGUCCUCCUACUAUGAUAGCUGACAUGGAGGGGUUGCUAAGCAACGCGGGUAUCCCUCCAUCAGAUAUCUUCUGUGAGAAGUGGUGGUAACGGGAGUUGAUUAUCGAUGCAUUGAUUGGAAUGGUCAUAGGAAUGAUGAAAAUGAAAUUCAUUUAGAAAAGAAAUGAAUAGAUCGGGCAUUUACUAAAAAAGUUGUUUACACGGGACUGCACUACUUGUGGCUACUUGCGCCCUCUAUAUAGCAAACAAUGCCUAAGCGGUACCCAUUGGUCCCCCAU